AUGAAGCCAUUCAUCAUCGCCACGACUCUGAUCCUCCUCCCUUUCGCAGCAGCUCAUUCAUGGGUCCACUGCAUAGAUCACGACAACAAAGACAUCCUCGAAUGGAUGAAGGCCAACGCAACCAAAUACGGAAAGGAAAUGAUUAUCGACCCCCUAAUGCCCUGGUACGCUCAUCUCUGCCACGGCUGGCCACGCUUCAAGCAGAACCCCGGCGACUGGGUUGACGAAACCAUCACCUACCUAUGGGAUCUUGAAGGCGCAGCCGGCAAAAAGGAUAUACAUGCAUGUCACCCAGAUCAACGUAACCCGACGUACCACUUAAUCGCCCCCGACGCCAAACUUCCGCAUCACAGUAAUUCCGCGCCCAUGGCUACAGCAACGGCAGGCGCUAGCAUAAAACUCAUGUUCGGCGGCAACGGACACUCGCGCGGGUCCAGUGCCGGCGGGAAAGGCGAUCCCGGAAAAGUAGCGAUUUACUGGGCCGGCGAGAAGGAAAAGGAACUUGUUAAUGUCAGUGAACUAACGCCAGAUACUCUGGUCCAGGAAAAUGGAUUCAGCGACGAGAGCUUCGCAUUUCCUGCGGAUUUGAAUGUGUGGACGCCCCCUCAGGGGCUGUUUGAUAAGGGAAAUUGGCAAACUUUACGGUUGUAA